AUGAUCCCAGCAAGGGGUGCGGGGCCCCCGGGACCGCCCCCUACGAAGCCUCCUGAGCUUCAGCCAGGUACCACGCCAGACCAACCACAGCAGAUGUUAGCGGCGGUAACCAACAUCGGGUCAACCUCUGGCGCUGGAUUGCAGCCUCCAACGGCUACAGGUCAGAACUAUACUCCGUAUUUUGCGAAUCUCUCGCUACCACCUGGCCAAGGUCCUCCCAUGGAGACCAUUUCCUGUCUCGAUGUCAAUCUGCCUGAAGGUCAGGAUGAAGACUUUUCUGACACGUCAGAAUCUUCUGCUACUAUUACAUACAUGGAUGCUACCGUGAUUUCUUCGAACGACUCGGAAAAACACAUUGAUGUACCGCCUGUCAAACGCUGCCGCGGAUCGAAGAGGUUGCUCAUGCUACCCAAUUCUGUGCCCGCUGAAAACACACCUAAGCCGAACUUGACCAUCAUAUUCAAGCCAAGAAACCCUGAGCAAAUUAUCACACGCUUCAAUCCACUAGCAUUGAAGACAGCCUUUGAAGAGGCAGCUCCAGAUGGCGUACUGCAAGUACGACCGAAUGAACGUUUGAAUCUCCUGGCUGUCGAUACUCGCCAUGCAGAAGCUUCUGAACGUCUACUGAAAGUAUCAAGCAUUGCUGGAGUACUUGUACAAGCCUACGAGCCACGACCGGCCAACUGUGGAGUAGGCGUCAUCAAGGGAGUUCCUGUAGACCUUGAUCAAGCGGACAUUCUCGCUGCUCUCCUUCAAAGAGCUCCCGUCAGGUCAGUAAGGCGACUAGGAUCGUCAGAAAACGUCCGCAUUGUGUUUGUCACCGAAAGUGCUCCAGAGUACGUCAUCUUGGGCUACACACGUUACCGAGUGUACAAGUACGUUGAGGCUCCGAGACAGUGCACCAAGUGUCAGCGUUUUGGCCACGUUGCUGGUGCCUGCAGGUUACAAGCACGAUGCUCACGCUGCGGGGGCAAUCACGACCGAUCUACCUGUGGAAACGAAGAGCCACAGUGCCCUAACUGCAAGAAAAAACAUGAAUCUACGUCUACUCGCUGCCCCAUCUUGCGUAAAGAGAAGCAGAUACAUAAUUACAAGAUGAACAACAACGUUGGUUACCAAUCAGCAAAAGAUGCGGUACGCCAGCAACAGAAACCCCGAGGUGGUGGCCAAGUAAUGACGCCCACAGCAGACAAAGGAACGCCGAAAAAUCCGCCACGAAUCGACGACACAAAUGACUUCCCGUCUCUACCGACUUGCCCAUCAGCUCCAACUCCUCACAUACGAGGUGCUCAGGAUGGCUCAUCUGGCCUUUCGAAAGAGUCACGGACCCCAACUUCUUGGCGUGGAUCACGCGAGUGCAGCGCUCGACAAGACCAUGGAAACAUAUACUCAUUGCUAUCUGCGAUUGUCGACGCUGUGCGCAGCUUCCUCACCCCAAUGUCCUCUCCGGUGGCUAAGUCUAUACUGAUGCUGCUUGACUUUCUUUCUCCUGUUCUGGCACAAUGGCGUUAA